CAGCUUUCGUUCGCGCUGGUUGAUCACGAAGGCCAUGAACGCUGAGAAGGAGACGACCCCUGUCCAGGUUUGCGACUACAAGCCUCUGCGGGAGUGUCUUGACAAGCACCAAGGCGAUCGGUCAAAGUGUCUGAAGGAAUGGGAAGAGUUCAAGACGGCAUGCUCCGGCAAGAGCAGUGGCGGACUCGGUCCAACGAAACGCAACAGAUCUCCUGCUGCUGAUGCGCCGAAACAGUGAACGAGAGGCAGCCCAAGAGUGCCCAAUAUGAGUAUUCAUCGUCG